UAGCACAGAAUCUGGCGAGCAAGGAGCUUUGGCGCGAAUAGUACCCCACCAUGUCGCACGAGAACUCAAUCACCGAUAUUCAGCCCUUCUUGUUAGAGGAAGCACAGCAAUUUCGACUGGCCUUCAAAGCGGCGGAACACAUCAUUGUUGUGGCGGGGGCUGGUCUAUCAGCUGCAUCCGCGACACCAGAUGCCUUUGCAGCUAAUCCUUCGCUCGUUUGGCAAUUCUAUCAUUAUCGUAGAACGAAAGCGUUGAUGGCUCAGCCAAACGCUGCACACAGAACACUCGCAAAGCUUUCUAUUCCCCUCUAUCUUAAAAAGGUGGCACCUAACGCAAAAUCUUCCCACUUGAUCACCCAGAACGUUGAUGGGCUGUCAACUGCGGCGUUGCAAUCCUUGUCUGAUACUACGAUGCCGAAGACUUCCAUUCUAGAGAUGCACGGCAGGCUGUUCGAUGUCCAGUGGGACCGCUCAGCUUCUCUUUGUGCUGCUCUCGCUACGGCAGACGAAUCUAUCCAGAAUUAUCAAGAGGCUGGAACAAAGGAGAUUACUAUAUCACUCAGCAUGCUCCCACGUUGUGCAAAGUGCGGCGCUUUGGCUCGCCCAGGUGUAGUCUGGUUCGGAGAAAAGCCUCACCAUCUUGAUGAGAUCAAUAGCUUGGUCUUUAAAGCAGACAUGGUCCUCGUCAUCGGCACGUCCUCCACAGUACGUCCGGCGUCUACAUUCGCUUACCGUGUCAGAAGGCGUGGCGGUAAGGUUGCGAUAUUUAACUUGGAGCCCAGUGGAGAAGACGAGAGGGCAGACUUUGUGUUUACCGGUGGAUGCGAGAUGGUACUGCCGGCUUUGUUUCCCGAGCUCACAUGA